AUAACCACAGAAAUUCCGUGCCGACUUUCCUUCAAUUCCCAAACGGCAAACACACGUGCAUAUACAGGGGCCCCCGCCUUGCCCUUUGCUCAUCCAAUCGCCGCCAUAGAGCCGUCGUGUCUGUUAACCCGUCCCUCCUUAAUAAUUGAACAUCGCCGGCCGUAGGACCGAGAACAGGGAAACGCCUCUGCCAAAAUGUCUUGUACUUCAUCAGCCUUUGCGAUAGGCUCUCAUGAGGAUUUGGCCGAAGCUACCAGCUCCGGGACACAACCUCAAGAAGUACGGCCGAGGCAGAGAAGACGCCAUUCCUCUUUUAUGCCGCGCAGGAAGUCGAUUGUCAAUCACAUCAUGGACGGAGAGGAGGGGCUACUUCUCAAGGUCGAUCUGUUCCUUUCCGAACUAGAAAGGCGCCUUGAGUAUCUGGAAAGCUGCGGAGAAAUUAGUCUAGACGCCAGUAUUGCAAGGGCAUAUUCUACCUUGCAGACGGUGCGGACAAGAUGUUCCCAAGUAUCAGAAGAGGUCAUCGGCGCAGGACGAAGGCGCCUACACAUUAUGGUCGAGACCCUGGACGCUCGCUAUCAUCAUGCACUCGCUGCCGCCGAAUCGAUGAACGAAAAAGCAAAAGUAGGAAUCGAAUUGAUGGACAAUAUGCUCAACGAAUAUGAAAGCAAGGCGCUCAAAUACCGAGACCAGGGUCUAGCGAACGCUGCAGGUGCUGCCGAAUCACUAAUGGGGGAAGGUCGCCGCGUUGUUGACGAGGGUUUCGAGCGUGCCCGUGGUGUAGCGAAUGAGGGCAUAGAAAGAGCCAAGAGAGCCGCUGAAACCGUUGAAGAGCAUGUCCAACGCGCCAUCAGCCGUGCGAAAGAACAUGGGCUUCUGAAGUACGAAGAACUUCCAGUUCCAUGGAGGGUCAAUCCUCAUAUUCUGAAGGGUUACCGGUUCAGCGAAACGAAGCUGGGCUGUCUCCGAUCUGUGUUUCAACCCUCUAACGAGACCGUAAACAUUUGGUCUCACGCUUUGGGACUACUGUUGGUCCUUUCCGUGGCCUUCUACUUUUAUCCAACUUCGGCCAACUUCUCAUUGAGCACCAAGACCGAUGUUUUCAUCGCCGCCAUAUUCUUUUUUGCGGCCUGCAAGUGCCUCGUGUGCAGCACUAUAUGGCACACAAUGAACUGCGUUGCUGAUCAAACGCUACUUGAGCGUUUUGCUUGCGUCGAUUAUACAGGUAUUGCCUUGUUGAUCGCUGCAUCAAUCAUGACCACUGAAUACACAGCAUUCUACUGUGAGCCAAUCAGUUGCUGGACAUAUAUGACAGCCACUGGUCUGCUUGGUAUCUUUGGAGUUGUCAUGCCUUGGCACCCGUAUUUCAAUCGCGCUGAUAAGGCUUGGCUUCGAGUCGGGUUCUUUGUCGGGUUGGGCGCUACCGGCUUCCUUCCUAUUUUCCAGAUUGUGUACACCAGAGGGCCGGCUUGGGCAUACGAUUUCUAUGCCGGAUCAAAUCUCGUGAAGUCCUUGUGUGUAUACGUUUUUGGUGCUGUUGUUUACGCAAGCAAGGUACCCGAACGAUGGCUCCCGGGCACUUUCGAUUAUUUCGGAAAUGCUCAUAACUUAUGGCACCUCGCUGUACUUGGUGGCAUCCUCUUCCACUAUGUCGCAAUGCAGGAGUUCUUCGCUGGCGCUUUCCAACGUGCACAACACGAAUGCCCUUCUUUGUAACGCUGCAUAGCCAUCAAGGAUAACGACCGAAUACUACCAGCUUAUUGAACAUCGGUUCGCGUCGCUGUCGAGUCUACACAAGUACUCUU